AUGGCGUCCAAGCAGUUUGCUCACUGGAACGGGUUUCCGUUCAUGACUGCUCCGAGAACAAGGUACUACUCUGCGCAGCUACAAUCGCCUUUUUUCCGUCUUCCUCGUGAAAUUCGAGAUGCUGUUUACGACUACUACCUCGUUAAUGUAGCCGGUCUGUUACAGCAUGAUGACUUUGUUAAUAUCUACACUCAGUAUCCCUCGGUCAAAGUUUGGUUCAACACCCCCUUGCGGCAAUCAGUGGUAGAGCGAGUGGACAAGCUCGCGAAUUCUGAAAGCUGGGUGGACGACAUCGCACGCCAAGCAUUCAGUAAUGCUCUUCAGCAUGCACUAUUAUUGGCAAAGAGCCAAAAUCCCACGGAAUUUGCGAAGCUUGCCUUCUAUGAUAAUCUGGGUUCAGAGAUCAACUUUUUCAUAGAAGAAGCUCUAUACGGCAUUUUCUCCUGGCACCCGGCGCCUUGGAGUAUGCCAAAGGAUGACGAGGUGAAAAAUCUGGAAGCCCUCAUCUGUCGGCCAGAACACACUGACGACGGGCUACCCAUCAAAGACGAAAGUGACCGCUGCUUCCGGAACAUAGCGCUUCAUAUCAAGGCAGCUAAAGAGCGAUGGUUUUUCUCUGCUGCAUCCAUCGCCAUUGACUUUUUACAACGACUGCCAGUCGAAAGACGGCACAAUAUGCGCAAAAUGGUACUUUACGAAGACUUCAAAGCUGUGUGUCGUCCCGAAUGCCAUGCACGAGGUCUCAUACCGUUUUGCCUUGAAAACCUAGAGCUCCGUAUCGAAAGGCAUAUCAGCUUAUUUGGUAACCUUCUCCCGGAAGGCUUCUAUUCGCGUAAUACUGUACGUCACGAUUCGGCAUGGCUGUUGAGCUCAGUGUGCUUUUGCGUGAUUAUUCCCUGGUUUGAAGAAGCUUUGUGUCUCUCAAUUCAUGGCAUGCCCACCGGUUCCUUCACACUCGUUCUUGAUGGGACGACUAGGGAGUCCUUUGAGAUCUGGAAGCUUCUCAAAUAUGCCGCCGCUACUCAAGAGGCGCGAAUGCGGCAACUACAGCUCACCGGGGCUUCUCCGCCGAUUAGAUACCUGCCUCCAUCAUACCGAGAUUGCUGGGAUCUACCGAUAAGCUUUGCAGACACGAUCCGCGAUAUUGUUGAAGGCAAUUCGAUCAUCAAAUUCGACGGCGACGUGUGUGAUGUAUGGGACUCGGAAUCGUUCUUCUUUGAACGUAAAGAUUGGACAAAUGAUAAAUGGUAUAAGGAUUGGGUGGAGAGCGUUUUGCACUACGGAAUAGGAACAACAUUUUUCCAGAGAGAAAGUCGACGGUACUACAUCCAGCCCGUAGCACUCAGGACAACAUACACGGUGGUUCGAAAUAAAAGGAGAGCUACCAGGUCACCAGAUCUUUCGGGGUGA